AAAAUAUUAGUAUAAUACCAACAAGCCCAUCAACAGUUCUUUAAUGUGUUCAGCAGCUCAACGGUUCAUUUGGCUGCAUGAUUUUGGGGAUGAUUCCAUCUCUAUCACCUCCCUCACAAUCAACUCUUUCCACCCAAAUCCUCUAAGUAUAAGGCCGUAAGUUUCUCUUGAAAUACAGUGGGUAUACUGAGUGGGUGGUGAUUUUUUGGCAGAAAGAUGGGGAAGACUAAGGAAAUCUAGGGAUUUGAGGAGGGCCCUUUUUUAUUUUGAGGAAAAGGGCCCUUUUUGUGGGAAGAAAGAAGUAAUUGAGGAAAGGAAAAAAAAUGAAGGAUUUGUUAGGUAGUCCUGGAACUGUGAGUGGGUUGCUAUUAAGAAUAGGUCAGUGUUUGUUUGCAGCUGGCUCCAUUGGAGUUAUGGUUUCGGCUCUUGGCUUUUCUAACUUCACUGCUUAUUGCUAUCUCAUCGCAUCAAUGGGGCUUCAAGCACUGUGGAGCUUUGGACUUGCGUGUCUUGAUAUCUAUGCUCUGCGGAUAAAAAGAGACCUCCGUAAUCCGGUCCUAGUUAGCUUGUUUGUUGUUGGUGAUUGGGUAACAGCUACCUUAUCACUAGCUGCCGCAUGCUCUUCAGGUGGGAUUGCGGUUCUGUAUGCAAAAGACUUGAAAUUUUGUACAGGUCCAACGCAUCUUCCAUGCAACAGAUUUGAACUCUCCAUAGCUCUCGCAUUUGUAACAUGGUUCCUCAUUGCAAUGUCUUCUCAUGUAAUGUUCUGGAUUUUAGCAUCAGUUUAAAUGCUUUCAGAUUCAAUAUUUCCUUGCCACGUUUACAUAGUUCCUUGCAUGUUUCCACAUGUAAAUCAGUAUUUUGGCACCGUGAGAAGUUAUUGAUGUUCUCUUCGAGUUGGCUUGUAGCAGAAUUUUGUAAUAUUUGUUCUGUAAUCCGUCCCUUUUAAAUCUGUA